AUGAAUAAAGAUUUAUAUUUACGUGUAUUUAAUAACAAAUUCUUAAAUUGCUUUAUCUUUGACAUUAUUUAUCAAUAUCAUAGGGCAAUACCAUAUCAAAAAGUAUAUAGAUGGAACGAUUUAAAAGAAUGUCCACUUGCAAUCACCGCUAAUGGUUAUAUAGAGCUUCUCAAACAAUACUACCAAAGGCAUCCAAUCAAAGAUGAGCAAUCAUAUGAUAUUUCUGAUGUUAUUGUUCGUGCGAUAAUCAUGGGUCGCUUGGAUAUUGUAAUGUUAAUCAUUGAAGGUCAAGGUUUAGAAUCUAAACAAAGGAUUCUCGAGACUUCACACUCUCACCAAAUCGAUUACUUACACUUUGCUGUCGUAAAUAAUCGAUUUGAAAUCCUACUGUAUCUUGACUCACUGCCUAAUAUAUUCAGAAAUUACCAAUUCAAUUUGUCUAUGUCACCACAUUCUAAUAAUCUAGAGAUGGUUAGAUACUUCUCGGACAGAGUCAACGGCACUAAGAAAACACCAAAUCUGUUCGAUAAUGCAGCUGCUUCAGGAAAUCUCGAAAUCAUAAAAUGGUUGGCUACUAACCGAACACAAGAUAGAGUAGGAGUGUCAAUGUAUUUCCAAGCGGUAUUUCACAACAGGAUGAACGUGUUGGAGUUUCUGAGAAAAGAGAAGCGUGAUGCUCAUUGCACCAAAGGUGUCAAUCUACUGGAUACUGCGGCCAAACGUGGAAAUUUCAAUAUUUUAAUGUGGUUGCAUCGAUAUCGAAUAGGCAAAUGUUCCAAAAACGCAAUGGACUACGCUGCAGGAAAUAAUGAUCUAGGUAUUGUGAAAUGGCUGCAUGAAAAUCGGACAGAAGGAUGUUCUAGCAAAGCAAUGGAGUUGGCUGCAGAAAAUAAUCAUCUAGAUGUUGUCAAAUGGCUCUUUGAAAAUCGGACUGAAGGAAAUAUCCAAAGAGUUAUAGAUAUCGCUACUUUUUAUAAUCAUAAUGAUAUGGUUGAAUGGUUAACUGAGAAUAGUACUUUUCAAUAG